CUUAGAAUUGUAGAAGCUACUCAAUACAGAACAUAUUCUCAGUCCUCCUCUGGUCCACAAAGCCUCUGAUUUCUUGUCUAUAGACAGAACGUCUGGUUUAAUCUACAGGAACCCAUAACUUCUUGAAGCUUUAUGCUUAACAGUGACAAUGUGAGUCAGUUGAAUUUUAUUGUGUUUCAGUCCAUAGAGUGUUAGCUACAGAAACCUUUCCAUUGCCAUACGGAGAAAGUGCAGCAGGCAGUGUGCCUACAGGUCUGCAAAGAAACUUCAGAUCAUCUUCUUGAGGGAAAGAAGCUGAAGUGCUACCUAAGAUGCUUGUACUUCAUAACUCUCAGAAGCUGCAGAUUCUGUAUAAAUCUUUAGAAAAGAGCAUCCCUGAAUCCAUAAAGGUAUAUGGUGCCAUUUUCAACAUAAAAGAUAAAAACCCUUUCAACAUGGAGGUGCUGGUAGAUGCCUGGCCAGAUUACCAGAUCGUCAUUACUCGGCCUCAGAAACAGGAGAUGAAAGAUGACCAGGAUCAUUAUACCAAUACUUACCACAUCUUCACCAAAGCUCCUGACAAGUUAGAGAAAGUCCUGUCAUACUCCAAUGUAAUCAACUGGGAGCAAACUUUGCAGAUCCAAGGUUGCCAAGAGGGCUUGGAUGAAGCAAUAAGAAAGGUUGCAACUUCAAAAUCAGUGCAGGUAGAUUACAUGAAAACCAUGCUCUUUAUACCGGAAUUACCAAAGAAACACAAGACCUCAAGUAACGACAAGAUGGAGUUAUUUGAAGUGGGUGAUGAUAACAAGGAAGGAAACUUUGCAAACAUGUUCUUAGAUGCUUCACAUGCAGGUCUUGUAAAUGAACACUGGGCCUUUGGGAAAAAUGAGAGGAGCUUGAAAUAUAUUGAACGCUGCCUCCAGGAUUUUCUAGGAUUUGGAAUGCUGGGUCCAGAGGGCCAGCUUGUCUCUUGGAUUGUGAUGGAACAGUCCUGUGAAUUGAGAAUGGGUUAUACUGUCCCCAAAUACAGACACCAAGGCAACAUGUUGCAAAUUGGUUAUCAUCUUGAAAAGUAUCUUUCUCAGAAAGAAAUCCCAUUUUAUUUCCAUGUGGCAGAUAAUAAUGGGAAAAGCCUACAGGCACUGAACAAUUUGGGGUUUAAGAUUUGUCCUUGUGGCUGGCAUCAGUGGAAAUGCACCCCCAAGAAAUAUUGUUGAUUGAUUCCAUUGUCCAUUUCAAAUCUUUCUUAUCAGUAAAAAAAACAUUAAUUCAAACACAAGCAUUGUGAUCUACGUUAGCACAAAAUGCAACUGAUUAUCUAGGAUCUGUGUAUUACUUAAGCUCACCCUUAACAUUUUUACCCUCCUUCUCUGUAUUCUUACAGAAAAUUAGAAGCUCAAUCUUAUGGUCUCAUAAUUUCCUUUAUGAUGACAGACAUCUCAGAAUUAAAAUUACCCAAUGCCAAUCUUUAGUGCCAAGAUAACCCUUUAACAGCAACACUUUCUUAAAUGAAGACUAUUUCUUUCAUGAAAAAAUUCACUUUUAUGACUUUCUUGUUAAAAUAAAAAGUCUGCUUUUAAAA